GAAUGAACUCAAGAAUCGAGCACCGGAGUCAGCGUAUCGUGUGCGCAUGCGCGAGACAUGUUCUCCCUCCGUACUUGCGACCGGCCGCCGUCGCGUUCCCGCAAAUCUCACGUCCUACGAGGACGUCGUUGACAGUGUUACACGUGUCGUUUCGUUUUUAACGCGACACGAUGGCCGCACAACGUACGCUACCUCAGAGUAAAGAGGCGCUACUGAAGUCGUACACGACGAGGCUCAAGGACGACGUCAAGUCCAUGCUGGAGAAUUUCGAAGAGAUAAUUAAACUCGCCAAAGGGGAAAAUGACUCUCAACUAUCUCGAAUGACGCAGUGCGAGCAAGAUACGUACGAAAUGCACGUCAGAGCAGCUAACAUUGUGCGUGCCGGCGAGUCAUUAAUGAAACUAGUCUCCGACAUAAAGCAGUAUUUAAUCCUGAAUGAUUUUCCCUCCGUAAACGACGCCAUAAUACAAAACGGCAAAUUAUUUAGAACCAAGCAAGUAGAAUGUGAUCAAAAACUGGCCUCUCUGAGGGACGACAUGGCUGCGGAUUUAUACGAUUUGGAAGAGGAAUACUAUACGUCAAUAUACAAAUAACAACAGUUUAAGUUUAGCACUAGUUUAACGUUAGUUUAAGUCCAAGCUUAAUUUAACGCUAGUCCUGUAAUAUAUGUGAGACUGUUUUGCAAUCCGAUUCACAAAAUAUGACUUAUUCGUUCAACUUGUACAUUGUCCAUUUAUUUAAAUAAAUAGGAUUAAUUUUU